CUGAACUCGCCAAGGGAACUCUUUUGUGUGCGGAGGUAAUUUUCAGUCCACGUAGAAAACAUAGAAGAUGGCGGUUCACGAAUCGCUCCAUCUUCAUGUGACGACAGACAAGUUUUAUAUUCAGCCUGUGGAUUCUGGAAUAGAUGAAUUACUGGUGAUUGACAGGGUGUCACAAGAAAUCGGUCUGCAGGCAAAUAAAGGGCAGCUGCCAUCGGCCAGUGUAACCAAGCCCAUUUAUGGAAUAUUUGGAAUAAUCAGACUCAUAGCAGGUCCCUAUCUGAUUGUAAUCACUAAGAGGGAGAAGAUCGGGGAUGUGGAUGGACACACAGUAUGGAAGGUUAUCGACACAGAGGUUUUGUCCUUCAAACGAACUCUGCUGCACCUCACAGAACAACAGAAUGCCCAUAACAAGACAUACCUGAACAUGUUGGAGAGUGCUCUAAAGAUGGACGGCUACUAUUACUGCACCAACUUUGAUCUGACCCACAGUUUCCAGAGGCUGUUCAACACCAGUCCAGACUUUCACACUAUGUCACUCGUUGAAAGGGCGGAUCCCAGGUUUAUGUGGAAUGGGCACCUGUUGAGAGAGCUUUCCCAGCAGUCGGACCUUGGCCGCUAUUGUUUACCGGUUGUUCACGGCUUCAUAGAAUGUCAGUCGUGUAACAUCAACAACAAGACCUUCGACUACGUAUUGAUCUCCCGCCGUUCCGUGUAUCGUGCGGGCACCCGAUUCUACGUCAGGGGCAUCGACACGGAGGGACAGGUGGCUAACUUUGUGGAGACAGAACAGAUUGUACAGUAUGAGGGAAGCAAGUGUUCAUAUGUUCAGGUUAGAGGUUCCAUUCCACUGUUUUGGACACAAAGACCCAAUCUACAAUAUAAACCCAAGUUCAAACUUAACACGUCUAGUCAUAUAGAGGUUUUUCAAAGACACUUUGAUGAUUUAGUUUUCAAUUAUGGGGAACAAAUUUUAAUUAAUUUGGUAAACCACACAGGUGGGGAGGGGCAGCUAGAGAAAGCCUUUUCUCAGUCGGUUACAAACACUAAAAAUCCGAAAAUCAGGUACGAGUAUUUUGACUUUCACCACGAAUGUCGGAAAAUGAGAUGGGACCGGCUCUCCAUUCUGACAGACAGAUUAGGAGAGGAUAUCAAGAGGAUUGGAUACUUUGCAAUAGGAAAGGAUGGGAUUUGUCAAAGUCAGCAAGAAGGGGUGUUCAGGACUAACUGUAUAGACUGCCUGGAUCGUACCAAUGUAGUACAGGGGAUACUGGCCAGAAUCGUCUUAGAAAAACAGCUAACAAAACUUGGUGUGUUAGAAGCAAGUCAAAGAAUAACUGACAUGAAAACAUUCAUAUCGAAAUUCAACAACAUAUGGGCAGACAAUGCAGAUGCUGUAUCCAAACAGUAUGCUGGGACUGGUGCUCUGAAAACUGAUUUCACACGGCAGGGAAAAAGAACAAAGAUGGGGCUUGUUAUGGAUGGAUGGAAUUCCUUGAUUAGAUAUUUUAAGAAUAAUUUUGGAGAUGGUUUUCGACAGGAUGCCAUUGACUUGAUCCUAGGAAACUAUGUGAUAGAGGAAAAUGAAGGAAUUUCUAGGCCCUCUCCUCUGCAGGCAGAGAGAGAUUGGAAGUUCUAUGCUGUACCUGUGAUAUUUGUGAUAGCCAUGGGAAUGUGUCUAAUCAGCAUAUUGUUGCCAGAUGAAUCCUGGAGUGAACAGUUCAUGUACAUUUUAUUCUGGGGUACUGCCAGUAUUGUAUCAUUAGGAGUGAUCUACAUCUACGGGAGUGAGUUUGUGGACCAACCAAAGCUCGUCCACACACAAGCCAGAGUGAAUGGUGCUGUCAUGUAUGAUACGCCGAAGCAAGCUUAACCAGGAUCAUUUUACAUUCAUUCCAAAAGAGAGGAAACUUUGAAACCUGACAAGACUGCAGUUUUGUGAUCUCCAAAAUUAAUGUAAAACAUUAGAAAUAAUAUUAAACAUGGACUUUUCACCGAUUGUAAGGUUUAUUCAUGCAGAUUUGUUAAGGUUCAUGUAACAAGAUACCAGGAAUGCAGUCGAAGAAGCAGAGCUGUAUUCAGUCAGUUAUUCUUUUUUUUUGGUGGGGACAGGGAGGGGGUCAAUUUUCAUAGUUCAUUUAAUUUUAAGAUAUAUUUACAAAUUUUGUCAUAUUUCAAUCUGUUGCCAUUUUGAUUUGACAGUUCUGUGUAGAUUAUACCGAAACAUUUCACUGUUUAGUAAUCAAUACGCCGGUUUCGAGAUACGUCCGAGUUAUUUCCCUUUGACAACUCUCGUACAUAGUAAGGCGCGAAAGAAUUUGUUUACACGCGGGAGUGGGACAGAUAUUCAUCACAGCAUAAGUGAAUGUACUCAGUAAGUUUCUCAUACGCUGUUUGAUAACCCGAAUUCGACUGACACACAAACUAAGUAAGUGAUAAGUAUUUGGGGAGUAAUUAAAUACAUAGAAUUCUUAUCCUAUCACGUUAUUUCGCUGGUCAUAAGUACCAUAUCCAAGAUAUUUCUUGCAAAUAUGACAUUGUUUGUAUGUUUCCACUUCGGUAAAACAUUUCUUUCGAUAGCAUUUUGUAUUUCCCACAUUUACAUAUUUAAAGAGAAGCUGCUUUUAAUACAUUUCAUUGUCUUUCUCGUUGGCUGUAUAUCCACUCUGUCCCACUUAGGCAUUCAAAGUUCCACUAAAUGCACCUCCUAUACAGAAGAGUUCGUAUCUCGAAACUGACGUAUUGAGACAUUUAGUGACCAUCUGAGAUUUAUCAGUAUGAUCCCACAUUCUUAUGUAUUUUAUUUCCAAUCAAGAUGCCAGACAGGCAUGAAAGCAUAAUGUGACAAGAAAUGCCAGUGUUUGAGAGCAAGAUACAUGGAAGAAUACACUAUUUUUUAAGUUAAUUCCUGAAAAGAUCAAACAUAUCAUGUGCUCCGAACCAUGUGUGUUAAUUAUUUCCAAGGAUAGAUUAAGUUUAUACAAUGCUUCAUUGUUUACAAAUUUGAACAGUUCAAAUAUAUUUUCAAAAAGGAUUUAAAUUGUGAAAACAUACAUGUAUGUUGAAUUUUACAAUGUCUCUCAACGUCUGGGUAUCCGUUAAGAGUCUUUUUUUUUUUUUUUAAAUUGUCUAGAAAUAUGGUCAAUCUGAAUAACCUAUAGACAUACUAUUAGUAUGUAUUAGCUUUAUCUAAAUAAUCAAGAAUACCUAUAGUUCAUGAAUUUCUGGGGUUUUGGUUUUUUUUUUUUUACAGAAAAAAUUGUGUAUAUUUCCUAAUAUUUUGUGCAUAAGUUCUACAUUUGAAACAGAUAUAAAUGUAUAUGAAAGCUUAGUUAGAUUUUAUGAAAAUAUUGUCAUGUAGACAGUCGAGAUAUGUCUGUAUUUCCAAGCUGUGAUUUUCUAUAUUGUGUGUGUUAGAACAUUUUUUUUGGAAUUUUACAGAUAUUUAGUUUUUAUUAUGCUAGCCAUAGGGUUGUAUUAUGGUAUGGUCAGUGCAUCUGUCUAUCCAUCUGUCAACUAUCUAACAUCUCAUUGUGGUUCAGAUAAACAAGCACUUACAUGUAUAAGACUAGGAUUAUCAAACUUGGUACACGUGUUCCCGUGAUUAGAGGAAGAGUUACUGGUUUUUUUUAGGUCAACGUCAGACUUGCAUGGGUUAUUCCAUGUCACAAAACAAGAUAGAAAAAGCACCAAUAUGCAUUUUCAACAGUCGUAGAUGAAUUGUAUCUGUAAGUCUGUCAGCACCUGUGGGUCAGACGAAAAAUGGCUAAAAUCAUCAAAUAUGGUACACAUGUUCCCAGUAAUUUUUCAAGGUCAAAGGUCAUACUUACAUAAGCAAUUCUAUAUGCACAAAACAAGAUGGAAACGGUACAGAUAAGGCUAGGAUAAUCAAACUUAAUGCACAUAUUCAGCCCUCAUAGACAGGCUGUAUUAUGUUGGGUGCUGUGUAUCUGCCUGUUCAUCCAUCGUCACUGAGAGAGGGAUAAAAAGUGUUGAGUGGAAGAUGGCUGUUAUUUCUUAAGGUCAUAUUUCAAAAAAUCGCAAAGAAAUAACAGUACAGACAAGGGUAGGAUCAUCAAACUUAAUGCACAUAUUUCUCACGGUGUUGGUGCCAAGUACUGGGUAUUUUUUGAAAACAAAUAAUUUUGCUUUUGUCUAUCAUUUGAUACUUAGCAAAGCCUUAUCAGAACAACCAUUUUAUUAAUACUUUGUUGUAUCGGAGAAAGUGUUGAAAGAUCACAGUCAGAGCGAUGUUUUGAUGGUUUAUAUGGAUGUUAAGCCUCUCUUUGAUUACUACUGCAUCAUUGAAUAUGUUGGAUGGGUGUAAUUUGGAGUGGGAGCAUUGCUCUAGUUCAGUAUGUGAAGCAAUCUGUCGGUGUAUAUUGUAGAUAGUUCUAGAUAAAAUGAGACCCAUUGGUCAAAAUGUUCACCUAAGCCACAACAGCACUCUUCUGUUAAAAUCUAUUCACAUUUAUUAUAUAGAGCAGGGUCACAACAGCCAAUGGCAUUCCGAUCUGAGGACUCUUAUCCGAAGAAAAUUAUCUGUGCUUAGAUUGGCAAGUUGAAAAUUAGUCAUGUUUCAGUUUAUCCCAUAUUACCAAAUACAUAUUACAUAUACAAAAUAUAUAUUAGGAAUGUUUUUUUAAAAAUUUUUCCAAAGUGUAAAAUAAUGAGUUUUUAUUUGCCUGAAUUUAAAUUUUUCCCAUUUUGGAUUAGGGCAAAAAUGAAGUGAGAGUAAAAAUUGAUACUGGUAUGUAUAAUUCUGUCGCAUGCCUGACCUUCAAAGCAGACAAAGUCGGUAGUCAAACUUGCAUAGUAUCUUGAUGUAUUAGUCAUUUAGUAUUGAUUUAAUCCUCGUGCACAUUGUAUUGGAUGAAUGAGUGCAGUGUGAUAUUAAAUAUUCCAUACUUGUAAAAAAGAUAA